ACCCUGACUCGGCACCGCUCCCUGCGGAAGCUGCUGCGGGAUCGUGGGCAGCUCUCCCACUUCUGGAAAACCCACAAGAUCGACAUGGUCCAGGACACUGAGGACUGCUCUGCCUUCACAGAGGCCAACGAGCCCCUCAUCAACUACCUGGAUAUGGAGUAUUUUGGCCAAAUCUCCAUUGGGACCCCUCCCCAGAACUUCACUGUGAUAUUUGACACAGGCUCCUCCAACCUCUGGGUGCCAUCCAUCUACUGUGUCAGCAAAGCCUGUGCUCAGCACUCCAGGUUUCAGCCCUCACAGUCCAGCACGUACCAGGCCAUAGGGACACCCUUCUCCAUCCAGUAUGGGACUGGCAGCCUGACAGGAAUCAUUGGAUCUGACCAAGUAGUCGUUGAGGAUCUCACCGUGAGCAACCAGCAGUUUGCAGAGAGCGUCACGGAGCCAGGAAAAGCCUUUGUGGAUGCUGAGUUUGAUGGGAUCCUGGGGCUGGCUUACCCCUCCCUGGCUGUGGAUGGGGUCACCCCUGUCUUUGACAACAUGAUGGCACAGAACCUGGUGGAGCUGCCCAUGUUCUCUGUCUACAUGAGCAGGAACCCCCAGUCCUCCGUGGGAGGAGAGCUGCUCUUUGGUGGCUUUGACCCUUCUCACUUCACAGGGAGCCUGAACUGGGUGCCAGUCACCCAGCAAGGGUACUGGCAGAUCCAGCUGGACAAUGUCCAGGUAGGGGGGACUGUGGCUUUCUGUGCCAACGGCUGCCAGGCCAUCGUGGACACCGGGACAUCACUCCUCACAGGGCCCACCAAGGACAUCAAACUGCUGCAGAGCUAUAUUGGUGCCACAGCUGUGGAUGGAGAGUACGCCGUGGAGUGCAGCAACCUCAGCAUGAUGCCUGAUGUGACCUUCACCAUCAAUGGGCUCCCCUACACCCUCAAUGCCCAGGCCUACACCCUCGUGGACUCUGCUGAUGGCAUGGUCUUCUGCACCAGUGGCUUCCAGGGGAUGGAUGUUGCCCCUCCUGCUGGGCCCCUCUGGAUCCUGGGGGAUGUCUUCAUCCGGCAGUUCUACGCCGUCUUUGACCGUGGCAAUAACAGGGUGGGCUUGGCCCCUGCUGUCCCCUAG